AUCAAUUGCUGUGAUUUUUCACCAUCGGGAACCAUACUGGCCACCUGCUCCACUGAUGGUACCUUGCGGUUGUGGAAUACGGAAACAGGAGAUGUCCUGGCCAAACUGUCCCACCCCACCUCAUGUGCCAUACGGGUUUGUUGCUUCUCCUCUGAUGGGGCUAUGGUUGUCACCGGUGGAGAUGAUGACUCCGCUUGCUUGUGGAAUGUCUCUGAAAAGAAAUUGAUCAGAAGUUUCAAAGGCCAUGAAGAGAGUGUGACUGCAGCCACAUUUACCCCAGAUAGUAACUACAUCAUCACUGGUUGCUCUGGCGGGGACCUGUGUGGGGAGCUGCUGGUCUGGGAUGCUCAGUACGGGCACGGGAAGUUCUUGAAGCGAAUCCCAGAUUGUCAUGACUUGGGUGUGCUCUGUUGUGAGUUUUCUCCCACAUUUGGCACAGCUGGGAAGUCGGCCACAUCCAGCCCUUUUGGCAGGUUCUUGCUAGCCACAGGAGGCAAGGACAACCUGGUCAAGUUGUGGUACUUUGAUUGCGAGGUUGGUUCAGUCAAUGUGUCAGUUCAUCUGAAUACCAUGCUACCAGGACAUCAAGAUUCCGUGUUGUGGCUUUGCUUCUCCCCAGAUGGCAAAUACCUGGCAUCGUGUUCUCUUGACAAAACAGCGCGACUGUGGAAUCCAGAAACUAAACAAGCCUUAAUUUGCAUUGAUGAACAUUCCAGCUAUGUAGCCGCGUGUGCCUUCUCUGCCGACAGCAGACGCCUGGCCACAGCAUCCAACGACUGCACUGUGAAAAUCUGGCAGCUUACGGACACGUCACAGAUUAUGCAAAACUUAAAUGGCUAUGAAAAAGGUGAAAGUACAACAGUUACUCCUACAAUUGGGGGUCUUUCACAAGUUGCCAUAGAAACCUGGAGUGUAGAUGAUGUCUGUAUCUGGUUAAAUGCCCUGGGUCUGGCUGAAUACGUAGAGAAGUUUCGAACCAACGCCAUCGAUGGGAAGGAGCUUCUGGCCUUGACAGAUGGAGAUCUGGUAUCUGUACUUUGUGUAGGUCCUCUUGGGCAUCGUAACAAAAUUCUCAGAGAAAGAUCGACAGCCCGGCAGACAUUAAUCCCAGGCAAAGGAGCCCAGUCCAAGUGUGUCCCGGAGGAGUUUUUGUGUCCCAUUACCCAUGAGUUGAUGCAGGACCCAGUCAUGGCUUCAGAUGGGUACACUUACGACCGGCAUGCCAUCGUCAGCUGGAUUGCUAGAGAAAAUCGCAGCCCAAUGACCAACGUACUACUCACCUCCACUGAAGUCACUCCCAAUCGAACCCUGAAAAUGAUGAUGCAGAAGUUUCUCAGCAGUGUCUAA